AUCACUAUUGAUCAGUGCAACCUGAAUAUUUAUUUUAGAAAAUUGAAAUAAUUAAUUGUAGGUAAAUUUUGUCACCACCAAGUAAAGUCAUAUUGUGGGAAAGGUGUCCUUGAACAAUAUGCGGUGGUAUUAUGAGAAAAAGGAACUUCGAAUGUCGCCAUCAAUUCAAUCCGGUCUUGAGCAAGAUCGAGAAUCUCGGUAUAGGCGAGAAGGGGCUCGGUUUAUCAUCGACAUUGGGUCAUCAAUGAAUCUAAGCCUAACCACGAUGGCAACCGGUGUCGUAUAUUUUCAUCGGUUCUACAUGUUCCACACCUUUCAAGACUUUUCGCGUUAUCCGACUGCCUUGGCCUGCCUGUUUCUCGCUGGAAAAGUGGAAGAAACACCAAAAAAAUGUAAGGACAUGCUGAAAGUUGCCCGUGAGAUUAUUGGAGACGAGAAAAUGGUAUCGUUUGGAGGAGAUAUUCAUCACAACAGCGAGGAAGUAAUGACACUUGAGCGGAUAAUUCUUCAGACAAUCAAAUUUGAUCUCCAUGUCGAGCACCCAUACACAUUUCUACUCAAAUAUGCAAAGUGUCUGAAAGGAGAUAAGACACGUCUGCAGAAAAUGGUGCAGAUGGCUUGGACAUUUGUGAAUGACAGCCUUUGCACGACGCUUUGUCUUCAAUGGGAACCUGAAAUUGUAGCCAUCGCUUUAAUGCAUCUCGCUGGAAAGUUGAGCAAAUUCGAGGUGGUGGAUUGGGUUGGUCGAAACUCGGAGCAUUAUCGGUGGUGGGACAUGUUUGUGGACGACAUGACAAUUGAACUACUAGAAGAUAUAUGUCACCAAGUUCUCGACCUGUACUCUCAGACACAAGGACAUUCCCAGACUGACUCUCCCCCUCCAGUCACCAGGAUGAUGACGAAUAAUAGUAGUAAUAGCAAUUCUGCUGCCGGUCCCCCCGGUGUACCACCUUUACCUCCUCAACAAUCCAAUUCCACUCCGACAACAGGAAUAGCACCGCCAAUACCUGCUGGUUCGAGAGGAUCUACGCCAAAUGCUUAUCCUCCUCCACCACCACAGCAGCAGCAGCAGCAACCACCACCACCACUCCCACCCGUCGCAUCCUACCCACCACCACAAGCGCCGUUCUAUGGAGGGAUGCCUCCAGGAAUGGGAGGGAUGACAUUGCCACCAGGCUUCAACUACCCUCCGCUACCACCACCACAAGCCGGAGGAGGAGGGCGAGUGCCACAACAUCCUCCACUGCCCACUUCAUUCCAUGCCCCCAUUCCACCUCUGCCACAACAGCAGCAACAGUUUUAUCCUCCUCACCAUCAACCCCCACCACUCCCCACCCAACAUCAGCCACCUCCACCUCCUAAGUAAUAAUUAUAGCUGAAUGGCCCGACUGCUGUGACUCGAUCUGGCCACCAUUAUUAGUUGGCAUAAUUACUAUAAUUUAUUAAUGUUUAAUUACUUGAUUACAGUUGUUCUCAAAAAUUGGAUUCGUAUUUAAUUGUUUUAUGUCUGUGUAGUUAGUAAUAAUCUUUUUCAUGAAAAUAUACUCCACAGACGCAGAGUACAUAUUGUUUGUUAUUGGUUAUUGCUUAAAAUUCUAGUAUAUAUCCAUUCAUACAUGUAUGUAUGCCUGCGUUAGGCACAUUAUUGUGACCUAGAUUAUUGCAAUUACUAAUUUAGUACCCAUGUAUCCGCCCGUACCUAUUACAUAUUUAUAAUGUUUCCAGUGUGUGUGUGCACGUAAAUAUCUACGUACAAUAUUAACCCCAGAAUCGUGUGGUCGUGUGUCGUAAUGUAAUCAAUCUCUGCGAACUGUGCCAGAAUAAAUGUUGGGGUAAAAAAAGCAUA